UUUUGUUUAUAAAGCUAAAAUAAUGGAGACCACAUGAAGUGCAUAUGGAAUAUUGAAGGAAAGAGAGAGAGAGAAAGAACUUCACUCAACAACCAUAUCAACAUGUCUUCCUCCAUCAAUAAUCAUCAUCCUCAACCUUCUCUUCCUUCACAAAGGUUAUUAGGCAAAGUAGCACUGGUUACCGGUGGAGCCUGUGGCAUUGGAGAAAGCAUCACUCGCAUUUUUCACAUCCAUGGUGCAAAAAUUUGCAUAGCUGAUAUUCAAGAUGAUCUUGGAAACAAGGUUUGUGAAUCCCUUGGUGGUGAAGAAAAUGUUUGUUUCUUCCAUUGUGACGUGGCAUCGGAGGAUGACGUCAGCCGUGCGAUCGACUUCACCGUCGCAAAAUUUGGCACUGUUGACAUUAUAGUCAACAAUGCCGGAAUUUCAGGCUCGCCUUGUCCUGAUAUCCGCCAUGCAGAUUUAUCAGAAUUCGAAAAAGUAUUCGACGUUAACGUAAAAGGAGUAUUUCACGGAAUGAAACACGCCGCUAGAAUAAUGAUCCCGCGAAAAACGGGAUCAAUUAUUUCUCUAGCGAGCGUGUCUAGUACUACAGGGGGCCUUGGGCCUCAUGCAUACACGGGCUCAAAACACGCAGUUUUGGGCCUUACAAAAAACGUUGCGGCCGAAUUAGGAAAAUAUGGAAUAAGAGUGAAUUGUGUGUCGCCGUAUGGCGUUCUUACAGAUCUAGCUCUAGCUCACUUGCCGGAGGAUGAGAGGACGGAGGAUGCUAAGACCGGUUUUCGCGAUUUUGUUGCCAGAAAUGCUAACUUACAAGGGGUGGAAUUUACCAAAGAUGAUGUAGCUAAUGCUGUGCUCUUCUUGGCUAGUGAUGAAGCAAGGUAUAUAAGUGGAGCUAAUUUGAUGCUUGAUGGAGGCUUCACUAGUGUUAAUCACUCACUCAAAGUGUUUAGAAGUUAGUAUGUUUCACGUGCAGUUAUUUUCAUUUAAAAUUGUUAAUUGAGAACGGUUAGAUAAUAAUAUAUUAAAUUAUCUAAUGAUUUUCAAUUAGCAAUUUCAUACGAAAAUAAUUAUACGUGAGGCUUUAUCAUAUUAUAAAUAUAGCUAUAUUCGAUGGCAAAUGACCCAUAGUUUAUAAGGCGGUGAAGACUCACGUGUAGUUAUUUUCAUGUGAAAUUGAUAGUUAAAAUUCAUUAGAUAAUAAUUUAGUCAAAAUAUUAAAUCA